CACACACACACACACAGAGCUCUUUAAGCUGCAAAAGCCGCCGCCAAUUGCUAGGCGUAGAUUUCCACCCUCAAAUAUCCGUCCCGGUUUUUUUUGUUUUUGUAUUGUGAGGGGCGUCGGGUUGAGCUCGCUUUGAAGAUGGUGGGGAGCCCACCCUCGACUCCUACCUAGAUGCAAAAAAGAGAGAGCGCCUCUGGGGGUCACGAUGAUGCUCGGAUGACUUAAUCCCUCUCCUCCCGACGAGCCCUUUCUCUCCUCAUUCCCUCCCCCGUCCGCUCCCUUCCCUACUUUGCGUCGGGGUAGGGGCGGGAUAUUUUUAAACCGGAGGAGGGACGGGAAGGUGGGGAAGGAGCUGCGGCGAUCUGGCAGAAGGAGGUUUUUUUGGGGGGGGGGUGAGAAGGAACCUUCGGGGGCAGAGCGGCGGGCGGAAGGGGCACGGACGGACCCCCGCUCUCACGCACGCACGGCUUUUGAAUGACUGCAGCAGCAGCAGCAGCAUAGAGACCUGCCAGGCGAGGCGAGGCGGGAGGGAAGGAGAGCAGCCCUCCCAACCUGAUCUCUCUCUCCCCGUUAGCAUCGGGCUCCCUCCUUUGGCGGCUCCGAGGAGGAGGAGGAGGAGGCGGGGGAGGAGCCUCGGCCGCAUUAUUAUUAGAACUAUUAGUAUUAUUCUUGCGCGAGGAGGUGGUUUCCUCCCCCCCCCCCACGCACACAUUCCCUAUUUCUGCCCGGAUCCAUCGCCUGCCCCGCCUGCCUCUCUCUCUCUGCGCCUUCAUAAUCACCACCAUCUUCAUCAUCCUCCCCUCUCUUCAUCCUGCGCUCCCUUCGCCUCUCUCUCUCUCUCUCUCUCUCUUUUCCCCCAAACCACGCUCCGCACCCCGGUGUGUGGGUCGCUCGCCUCCUCCCUCCCCUGCAGAGGCUGCUGCUGGAGGGGGGAAGGAGGAGGAGGAGGAGGAGGAGCAGGGAGGUGGAGGGCUUUCGCCCCGGCUGAGCCAUGCCGGGGGGCGGCCACGGCUGCCGGAAUCAGGGAUGGGGCGAGAGGCUGCUGCGGAGUCCAGCAUCUCCCCACCGGGGGCCCGCGAGGCAGAGGAGCCGCCGCCGCCGCUGCCGCCGCCGCUGCUGAAAAACAACGGGCGAUGGGAUGAAGAUGAGACGCCACAAACUCUUUUUGACUCUGUGCAUGGCUGGUCUUUGCCUCAUCUCUUUCCUUCACUUCCUGAAGGCCCUCUCCUAUGUCACAUUCCCCAGGGAGCUGGCGUCGCUUAGCCCCAACCUGGUCUCCAACUUCUUCUGGAACAAUGCACCCGUCACACCUCAGGUCAGCCCUGAGCCUGGGGGCCCGGAGUUCCUCCGUACGCCGCUGUACUCCCACUCCCCUCUGCUCCAGCCCCUCUCCCCAAGCAGAGCUGGCGAAGAGCUGCACAGAGCCGAGUUUGUGCUGCCGGAAGACACGGCGGAAUACUUUGUGCAUACCAAAGCUGGCGGUGUCUGCUUCAAACCAGGCACCAAGGUGUUGGAAAAGCCACUAGCGGGCCGGCCAGAGGAGAAAAUAGAAGGAGCUGCUUCGGGGCGGACAGGUCGGAAACCUCUGAGCACCAAUGGGACAAAGCGGCGCAAGUGGGUGGAGUGCGUGUGUCUGCCUGGCUGGCAUGGGCCUAGCUGCGGGGUGCCCACCGUGGUCCAGUACUCGAACCUCCCCACUAAAGACCGGCUGACCCCGCGGGAGGUUCCUCGGAGAGUCAUUAAUGCCAUCAACGUCAACCACGAAUUUGACCUCUUGGACGUGCGUUUCCACGAGCUGGGCGAUGUGGUAGAUGCCUUUGUGGUCUGCGAGUCCAACUUCACCGCAUAUGGUGAGCCACGCCCCCUCAAGUUCCGCGAAAUGCUGCUCAAUGGCUCCUUUGACUACAUCCGCCACAAGCUGCUCUAUGUCUUCCUGGAUCACUUCCCCCCAGGCGGGCGCCAGGAUGGUUGGAUUGCCGAUGACUACCUGCGCACUUUCCUGACGCGGGAUGGCAUCUCCCGCUUCCGCAAUCUGCGGCCCGAUGACGUUUUCAUAAUUGACGACGCCGACGAGAUCCCGGCCCGCGAUGGCGUGCUCUUUCUCAAACUCUACGAUGGCUGGACGGAGCCCUUUGCUUUCCACAUGCGCAAAUCCCUCUACGGAUUCUUCUGGAAGCAGCCCGGCACCCUGGAGGUGGUUUCUGGUUGCACGGUGGGGAUGCUCCAAACUGUUUACGCCACAGACGGGAUUCGCCUGCGCCGGAGGGAGUACUACACCAUGCCAGGCUUUCGGCAGUAUGAAAACAGCACAGGUCACAUCCUGGUGCAGUGGUCACUGGGUAGCCCGCUCCAUUUUGCUGGCUGGCACUGCUCUUGGUGCUUUACACCAGAAGGAAUCUACUUCAAACUGGUGUCAGCCCAGAAUGGGGAUUUCCCCCGCUGGGGUGACUACGAGGACAAGCGGGACCUUAACUAUAUCCGGGAGCUAAUUCGGACUGGCGGGUGGUUUGAUGGCACCACCCAAGAGUACCCUGCUGCGGACCCCAAAGAACAAAUGUAUGCCCCCAAAUAUCUGUUGAAGAACUACCAGAGGUUUAGUUACUUAUUGGAGAACCCUUACCAGAAAGCAGAGGGGGCUGGGUGAGGGGAGUGGGGCUUGCAUGGGACUUUAUGGAAAAAGGGGGAAGUGGGGUACGUCUUUUGUUUUUCUUCCCCCCCUCCCCACCCACUCCUCUUGGAGAAGCGUGUGUUCUCUCCAGCCUCUGUUUGCCCCAUCCCAGAGAAUAUACUUGGGUGUGUCUGGGUGUGGGGGAGUUUCCAAACCAUGUAAGCAAGGACCAGAGGAUGCAGGAACUGGCCCUGAGAACCAGCAGGAGGUACAGCUCCUUCACCUCUCUUGUGGGAUGGAAGAAAACUCUUAAGACAGGUAGUGUGACAUGGAGAUGAGAAGGAGCACACAGCUGGAUGUGUGAGGGUGCAGAAGCCUUGAGUCUUUGUAGUUUAGGUGGGCGUGAUGUCAAACUCCAUUGCUAAAAGCCAAUGUUCAUCUGAGUCAUUUGAAACCAAUGGGUGUCCAAUUAAGUUCUGCUCUCCUAGCAUAUUGCCACUUGUUCAGCCCAUAGAGGUUAUGGACAGAGGUCAGGGUAGAUGUGUGGACUCUUCUUGUCUUUGUCGUUUCAAGAGCAUGUGGUGGUGUUUGGCCAAAGAGCACUGUGUCCCUGGAUACAAUGCUCUUUAUUUGGAGCCAGAACAGGUGGGUGGCAGCUUCACUAGGAAAUGUGUGUAUAAGUGUGAAAGAAUUUUUGUAGGUGACUCCAGGAGUCAUGUCUGUCUAGGAUAUGUAUAUUUUGCCACGUGUGUUUGUUACAUUUGAGUGUGGGUGUGCACACAAACUGGGAGCACGGUAGCACCAAAGAACUCUCCUUUCCACCUGAUGAUGAUGAACAUUCAGGGAAAAACUCUCUGCAAAGUGGCAGGCUAUGGAGGUCGAAAAGCUGUCUGGUUUUGCUCAUUAAAUGGAUAGUUUUGGUAGCCAGUCUCUAAUGUGGAAGGAACGUGACAGUAGGGCUGUAGCCCACAGACUUGCAAAGGGAAUGCCCACUGAGGUCCUACUUUCUCUCUUCCACAACAAAAUGUGCUGUUUACAUUUUCAAUUAAAACAGUGUGCAUGUCAUGCUUAGAGUUGCUUUUAAGGAAAGGGGAUAUUAGGAUGCUAAAGCUACAGCGCCCAUCCUACUACUUCUGGAACAGGAGAGGUGUAAAGGUACUUGGCUCUAUGAUGCCACCAUUUUGAGGACAGUGCUAUAUUGGAAGUCUAGCACUUGCACGCCUAUAAUGUGGUUUGCAUAGGCAAGUAGAGAGGGGACAGGUAGUGUGGCGGAUGAGGCUGAUGUAAGAGCCAAGCGUUUAAGUAUUCCAUUUACGGUGUUCAUCCUUUCUCCUUUGGUGAAGAGGCUCCACUUUGUCUCUUUUAAGUUACUAUAUGGAGUCAGGGUGAAAUGUAUUGUAAACCCCAUGUUAUGUUUGCUGCUAAGGAAAUAUAUUAAACAGUGAGCUACUAUGCUAACUGCAAAAAAUGGGUGAUGUGUGUACAGCAAUAGGAGGUGCACACAGGUUCCUUGCCACUGGAACAGUAUGUUACUCUGAUGUGUGGUGCGUGUUUUUUUUCCUCGUUCCCUUUGUCUUUCCUGCCCUUCAAAUGCAUUAUUCCUGAUCCCUAUAAAAGACACAGAAAGUGCUGUGUCUUCUUUAUAGUUUUCCUUUGGCAUCACUCCUAAUGCUUUGUCUCCAUGAUGCGCUCAGCCAGUUCAUGCUCUACCAUUUUCAUGUGAUGAAAUCCCUUUGCAUUGACUCUUCUUUUUUGGUGCAGCUGCUGGUCUUGUGAAUGCUUGGAUAGCUCAAGCACCUCUUCUAGUGGCAAACUUUCUGGCCUGUGGGUUUGAGCCAAGGGGUGGUGGGAGAAGUGGCUCCCUGUACCAACCAAAGUCCUCUUGCGUUUAGCUGUGCCAUGUAAAAAUGGUUGUAUGAAUUGACCUUUAUGCCUUUAAAAUGAAGGAAAUUCCGGCCUAAAGCUGAGCUCGCUUGAAGCCCCUUUUCUUUUUGUUGGAUGGGUGAAUGGAUUGGCUGGUGCUGCCAACCUAACUCUGUGCACCACUCUAAGGCAAUGCUAGAUUUUGUACAUGGUUCCUUUCUCUGUUGAAGCAUUAGACCACCCUUCUCUAACCAGGUGUCCAUCAAGUAUCGUUGGAUUCUAACUCCCAUCAUCCCUGACCAUUGGCCAUGCUGGCUGGGGCUGAUAGGAAUUCCAGUCCAAAACAUCUUGAGGCCACUGUUUGGGAAGGCUGCACUAAAAUGACCCAUGGAAUGGGCUGCAUGCUUUUUCUCUGAAAAGAUCUUCAUUGGGUUAAAGGAGAGGGAUCCUGAAGCAUACUGGGUACAGCGGGCACAGUGGGGUGUAGAGUUGAUGGAGCAGAUCUCAAGCUGCUAUUCCAAAAUGAAUGUGCAGCAAUAGCAAAGGAGUUGCUGGUGACUAAUGGAGGUUAGUUAAGCACCAUUGGUUCCCAGUACUGCCAUACAAAGGCCCACUACACAGAGGGAAUAGUUUUCUUUCAGUCUUGGGAGGAAAUGGGAAUCUAAGCUUUGACCUUCAGCUCUUAUGACCCAGCCUGCCUAACACAAUCGUUGCAGUAUGUUCCUUCACUACUGAUGUGUGUUGAGAGGCAAGGGAGGGGGAGGGGGGAGAGAUGGGCUCCAGCUCUUGGGACAUGGAGAAUGUGAGCUUUGGCGAUGCUGCAGUGCUUGGUUGUGAGCCUGCAGCGUAUUGGGACAAAAUUCAGAAAAAUAGCCCGUCAAGAAAUGAGGACCAAGGGGAUGACUUCACCAUAUCUUCAGCACUGUGCUGCUUUCCUGCAAACCGAGCUCCUUCCUCCAAUCCAGCCCGCUGUUCAUUUCAGUCCUUGCACUUGCUCUACAGGGCAUGCUUUGUGCACAUCUAGGGCUUUCACAAUUACUGCUCAUGAAUUCGUAAUACUCCCAUCACUGCUGUCUCUAGGCUCCAUCUGUCACUGAAAAGCGCAACACACACAGACAGCGAGGCUGUUCCUAGCCCCGUUAUACUUUCUGCAACUCUCCCCCUUCCUUGGGGUGGGGGGGUCCCCCCCCGCCCCGUUGUGUGCAAGCAACAGAUCCCAUUGUAAUUGGAUAAGUUAGCGCUGAAUUCCUUUGGGACGCUGAAAGAACUCUUUGUUCUGGUCCCCUUCUUUGACUGCACCAAAGUGAAACUUGAAACUGACCUCUUGGGUUGGGGGUAGGGGAAGAAAAGGAGAAUUUACAGUAAAAGCUUUGCUUUUUAAAAAAUAGGACUGCCUUUUGCGUAUGAUGGUGUGUUUUUUUAACAUUUCCAGUUUAAGAACCCUCUAUUAUUUAUUUAUUAUGUAGUGGGAACAGAGUCCCACAUUAAGGAACUUUGCACUAAUAGAAAAGCCUUUGGACUUCUGCAUUCCGGUGGGGGGUGGCCAACAGUGGCUAAAGGAGAAACAACGUUGGGGAAGUAUCUUGGCAAGCCAGUAAUUUGGGCACCUAAUUUUACCCCUUGACUUGCAGAGUCAAUGGAAAAUGAGUAAGUCAAAUAUUAAAUGUGUAUGCAACAGGUAGAAGAGGAGAGCUCUGAGAUGAUUGAAGAACCUGCCCUAAUGGAAGAACCUUUGGGCACAAUUGUAGAGGAACCGAUGUAGAAAAAUCAGGGUGUGCACACCCUCCAUCUUGUAACAAGACUGUAUCCAGCUGGUAUCACGUAGAGAAUCUGAGAUCCUUGCACAUCAUUACAAAGGUAAUUAAGGGUCUGUCCCCACUUCCUCUUGUCCCCUGCUUUCUAGCCAGAGGUCUGAGUGAUUUUGCCGAUUGUGGUUUGUUCCAAUUCAGCACUAAACUAUGGGUUUUCCCAUAAGAAAGCAGUGGGGCAGACAGAAGUGUGGAUGAGCUCUGGGUGUGGUUGGUGGGCAAAGCCAGCCUCAUUUUGGAGUGUGUCAGUGGCUGCAUACUAACGAGUAGCUGAUGCUGUGCAAGUGGAUAUUUAGUGCCUGCCCCUCCAUCAGUUUAACGUAUACACAGAAUUUGUGUUCAGCAUUGCAGCUGCAGUGACGUCGUGUCUUAACUGUAUUGAUGAGUGUUUGGAAAGAACUUUGAUUUUUAGAAUAACUCAUGCCACUUCAAAUGGGCAAAGGGUGGGCUGACUUAAAAGUAUUAGCAGAGUUCUUUCCUGCUAUGCAGAAAGGUUUGGAGCAGUCUUUGUUAUAGUGCUGCAUAAUUGCAAGUGUACCAAUAGUACUAUAAGCAUCAUGAUGCACUAUCCUCAUGAAUGCCAGCAUAUAAUUUGUAGCAGAGCUAGGUUGAGUCUCCUCACUCCAUGAAUAGCUGGAGGAAGUUGGGGAGUAUCUCUUUCCCAUUUUCCCCACAACAGACCCACCUCACUUAUCCCUAGUAGUCCUCCAGAAGUAUUGUCAUGGCCAGUGACAGCAACUAUGGCCAGUAACUGUGGAGAGAGUGCCCACUUUGUAGACAGGAUUUAGAGGAUAACUUCCCUUUUGUUCAGAGAAGCUCUAUCUCCCAUAGUGCCACAUUCCACUGUCUUCAAACCUGAUUUGUACAAAAUGAGGUUGUGAAAUUGGUCUUUGACUCUACCUCUUUUUAAGUUGCAAGGUGUGUGUGUGGGGGUUGAAUGCUUUUCCUUAUUUGAAAACAAAACUAGCUUCCCUGUGUGAGGGAAAGAUGUGAGGGAGAAGAAUUAUAGCCACCAUAGACUUUUCCAUGAUUUGUUUGUUUUGUGUCUCUAGGGAUUCCUACCCACCCUCACCAAUGAGAUAGCACUCCGCUAUGAGAUCCCAUAGCUGCAGUACAAAAUGGGUAUGGUCCAGGAACAGUUUCCCCGUCUUAUCUGCUCUUUAUAUGAACUAAGCAUUAGAGAACAGCUCCUUUGACCUACUUGUAAGCAUCUUUUCAUCCCUUGACCAAUACAGGCAGCAACUUAUGUGACUGGUUAUCAAUUUGUACUAAUUCUUACUCAUAUUCAUAUGUUCUCUGUGACCUUGGGGGCUACUUCACACCUUAUCCAGUUACAAGGGACAAAGUUGGCACUGCGCAGAGAGCUGGAUAGGCUAUUCUUUUUAGUUCUGUAUGGAAGAGAUAUUUUCUCUCUGCUGUGUAGCUCCUUGUCUUCCCGAUACUGUCAUUAAGACUGGGUAUUCAGCUGCUGAAAAAGGAAAACUGGAAGAUUCAUAACUUCUUUUCUAUAGCAGGCACAUAAGGAUGUUCUGAAUCAUUUCUGGUGAAACUACGGCAUUUUCAUUGCGAAUCUAGAGCUCAGACUUGAACUACCAUUAAUUUUCACUCGUUGCCUGCUCCUAGGCAGUUGCCGAACUUCAUUUCUCUGUCUGUCCUCUACUGGUGGAGAUCUGGAGUAAUCGUGGAAGUAGUCACACUCUGGAUUGGAUUGGAAGGGACAAGGUGCCAUGGCUUUAUAGACCUUAAACUGAAUGGUUUGGAAAAAAGGAAUGGUACUCCACUCAACUUUUGGAGCGCUUUUCAAACUCUGAAGGAUCUUAAAAAGGGAAAAUAUGGAGUUGAUGAGUUUUGUUGGGGGGAAGAGAGGGAGGCAUUAAGGGCCAUAACCACGCUAUAAACGUAGGGCUGGGAAACCAGUGGCCCUCCACAUGAUGUUGGAGUCAACCACCAGCCACCCCAGCCAGCAUGGCCAAUGGUCUGGGGUGAUGGCAGUGGUAGUCUAAUAACACCUGGAAGGCUAUGACUUUGCCACCCCUGCCAUAAAGAAGCUACAGAGAAUUUUGAUGCAGAACUCUCUCAUAGGUGUGGGUGGGGGGAACAAGGCUGGUAAAUUAGCCUAAAAGAGAUAUGAAGAAAAACCUGCAACAAGGGUGCACACCACUAUCCAGCAUGAUUCCUGAGGGAACAAUCGAGCAGUAUUCUACCGUGGAAAGUCCUGAAUGAAAAUAGCUCAUUUCUUAAAGAAAGGAUACGGGAUCUCUUGUCCCAGCACAAAGAAAUAGCUUUUGUGCCCCCUGUUGGCUAAGGAAUACAUGGGACUUGCCAAAUAAGUUGAAGAAGCCCUUUAAAGUCUAAUUUAUAAAUACCAAUUAUUAAUAAUUUUUUUGUAAGGGAAAAAUCAAAGUGUACAUUCUGAAAUCAUUUUCUCUGUAAAUGGUUGGAUUUCAUUUCACCCUUAAAGGGAUGUUUAAAGGAAGAAAUAAAACAAAUUACAAACCAUGAAAGGGAAA